UAUUUACUGACGUAUGUAAAUGAAUAUAGCAGGGGAGGUCCUUGGGCAAAAAACACAAUCAGUUUCACAUUGCAGCUCCGGAGUUCCUGCGUGGAAGGGAAAAACGAGACGUGGCGAAAUCUGGUGAAUAUGUCGCAGCCGUGAAUGCUCCGUGAAUGUCAUUUGUGGGCUUUGUGAGUCGUCCUGGUGUACCUAGUCUCGGGAAGUGAGUGGAGUGUGUGUGUUUGUCAUUCUCCUCUUCUUGUCGGCUAAAUGGGUGAUCACGCAUUCGCCCUGCAGCCGCCUGCUCCCUCUCUGCUGUAGGAGUUGUCCCAGUUCAUCAGAUACUACAGCAGCCCGUCGAGUCCGCUGUAUGACAACAACAAUAAUCAUUAUUGUCACAAUAACAGCUCACCGUCUCUGUUUCCGCUCGUUUCAGCUCAGCAAACCAUGCAGGAUGAUUUACUGAUGGACAAAAACAAAGCCCAGCCUCAUCAUCAGCAAGAUCCGACGCAAGCAGACCCUCCUCCCUCCACCCCGACCCCGACACCGGAGACCACCUCUCCCUCAUCGGACUCUGAGAGCCCGUCCACCGGCAGCAAGCAAGCGGCUUCCGUGCUGAACGUCAGCAGUAAGGACAGGGUGCCCAUGGAGUCGCCGAUCCUACCCGGACUGAGCUUCCACCAGCAGCCGCAGCAGCAGCCGCAGGAGACCGGCGGGCCCCUCUCCUCCCCGUCCUCCUCGUUUGGGAGCACUUGGUCCACGGGAACCACAAACGCCGGCGUAGAUGAUAGCUUUUUCCAAGGAAUCCCCUCCGUGAACGGGACGAUGCUUUUCCAGAACUUCCCGCACCACGUCAACCCAGUCUUUGGGGGUAAUUUCUCCCCGCAGAUAGGUCUGCAGGCUCCCCAGUCUCAGCAGCAUCAGCAGCCGGUAACCCCGCAGCAGCAGCAGCAGCAGCAGCAGCCAGCCCAGCCGCAGCCGCAGCAACAGCAGCAGCAGAGGAGAUCUCCUGUCAGCCCCAACCAAGGCCCCUUCCCUCAGAGAAACGCUUAUCAAACCAUCAUGAAUAACAGCAAAGGAUCCUCUUCUUCUUCUGCCUCAUCAUCCGCCUGGAAUAAUCACCAAAAUGCCGCCUGGAGCACAGCCUCCAACCCAUGGAGCGGUCUGCAGGCAGGCAGGGACCCGCGCAGGGCGGUUGGCGUUGGUGUAGGGGUCGGGGUCGGUGUUGGAGUCGGGGUGCCGUCACCUCUAAAUCCCAUCUCCCCUAUGAAAAAGCCCUACAGCAGCAAUGUUAUAGCUCCCCCCAAGUUUCCAAGACCUGGGCCCCUCACCCCCAAACCUUGGAUGGAGGACAGCGGCUUCAGGACUGACAACAGCAACAACAUACUGCCUUUCCAGGACCGGACCCGGCCCUUUGAUGCUUUUAGCUUGCACUCAUUGGAGAAUUCCUUAAUGGAUAUGAUAAGGACUGACCAUGACAAAGGUAAACCACACCCUGCCGGUGGCCCACCAAUGACUAUCGCUGAUAUUAUAUGGAGGAAUCAUUUUGCAGGACGCAUGAGCCUCAAUUUUCAUCAUCCCGGAGCAGACCACAUAAUGCCGUUAAACACCAGGAGCUAUGGUCGCAGAAGAGGUCGUUCCUGCCUUUUCCCCUUUGAAGAUGGUUUCCUCGACGAUGGCCACGGUGACCCUUCGUUGACCCCGGGGCUGAACUCGCCAACGCGCUGUCAGAAUGGAGAGAGGAUGGAGCGCUACUCGAGGAAGGUGUUCGUUGGAGGCCUGCCGCCUGACAUAGAUGAAGAUGAAAUCACCAACAGCUUCCGUCGCUAUGGGCACCUGGUGGUGGACUGGCCCCACAAAGCUGAAAGCAAAUCCUACUUCCCACCUAAAGGUUAUGCCUUCCUGCUGUUCCAGGAAGAAACGUCAGUUCAGGCUUUAAUUGACGCCUGCAUCGAGGAGGAUGGCAAGCUGUACCUGUGUGUAUCCAGUCCUACCAUCAAAGAUAAACCAGUUCAGAUCCGUCCCUGGAACCUGAGCGACAGCGACUUUGUCAUGGACGGCUCUCAGCCUCUGGAUCCUCGCAAGACCAUCUUUGUUGGAGGAGUUCCACGACCCCUGCGUGCAGUGGAGCUGGCUAUGAUCAUGGACCGGCUGUACGGAGGGGUUUGCUAUGCCGGCAUUGACACAGACCCGGAGCUGAAAUACCCGAAGGGCGCGGGCCGCGUCGCUUUCUCCAAUCAGCAGAGCUACAUCGCUGCCAUCAGCGCCCGCUUCGUUCAGCUGCAGCACAAUGACAUCGACAAAAGGGUGGAGGUGAAGCCAUAUGUCCUGGACGACCAGAUGUGUGAUGAGUGCCAGGGGGCGCGCUGCGGGGGGAAGUUUGCCCCCUUCUUCUGUGCCAAUGUCACCUGUCUGCAGUACUACUGUGAGUACUGCUGGGCUAGCAUCCACUCACGAGCCGGCCGCGAGUUUCAUAAGCCACUGGUGAAGGAAGGGGGCGACCGCCCUCGACAUGUGUCCUUCCGCUGGAGCUGAGGGGGGGUGCGGGCGGGCGUGAGUCAGUCCUGCCCCGAUGAACCCACACCUCCUGACCCCGCCGCAAACCUCCCGAGAAACCCUGCUAUCCCACAGCCCGGGACAGUACUGCAACCACAACAACAACAACAACAACAAACACACACACAUCUCUGACAGUACCACCCUGCUCUCCCCCACAAACACCUGAUUAAAACAAAACAAAAACACACAGAAGACAGUGGUCAUACCACACAGGACUCAUGUGGACUCAUGGUCCGGUGUUGCCCUCUGAUGAAGCUCUGUGGGGAAAAGAUAUCAGCUUAGAAUUUGCACUUCGGCACAAGAUCUCAGUAAAACACACACACACACACACACACACACAGGAUAGUAUGUUAGAAACCUGACUACCGUCUGUUGACGAGCUGGUGUGGUACGUCCUCCUGGACCUCACCCCCUCUCCCCCUCCCUCCCCCUUACCGAGACAGAGGUGGGACCAUACCAUACGAAUAUUUAAAACAAAUCUUUUUUUUUUCCUUUUGUAUCUAUCUAUAUAUAUGUAUGAAUAUAUAGAUAAUCCAAUUUUAUAUAAAAGAAGCAUGCACUUAGCUACAUUGCCCCUAGUAAAAGAUAAUAAUUACCAAAGGCAAGUGACAUUAAUGCACAGAGGAAUUAAAAAAAACACAAAAACAAAACACGGCAUAAGAUGUAGCAAGGUUUAACAACUAUCCCGUAGUGUGGACCCCAGUAAAAAUAAAUAAAUAUCACGGCUAUAUAUUCGCGCUCAAUUUUCACUCUGAAAAUAUUAAUACCUCAUUACGCUCAUUCAGAUUAGUUUGUUCUCAAUUUGUAGGUCUUUAUUUUUAUAAUAACAUUAUUUUUUAGUGUUAUGUAAAUGUAAUGCUGCAAUAGCUGUGCUGCUAAACCCGUGGUAUAAACACGUACCAUAUACGUACUUUAUUCAGGCUAGGGUGUAAAAUAAUAACGGAUGUAGUGAAGAACCGGGAGGGAGGGAGGGAAUUUAGGGGACGCCCUCAAGACAACGACGGCUACCUUUUGUGGGGGUCGGGGUGGGUCGCCCCUAACUGCAUGUUUAUUUCAAUCAGGUUGCUGCAUGCAAUACACUUUUCAGUAUCAUGUCUACUAUUUAAUUCUGCCCAUGUUUGCACAAUACACUAAAGGCGUACAUUGGACUCACAGGAGACUGGACAGGAAGAGGGAAAACUGGUCAAAGGAAGCUCUGCGACGCCAGAGUAGAUAGUUCCUGUACACAUCCAGACAAACGGGGGGGGGGGCGUUCAGAAGUUUUGUUUUUUUUUUCUUCUUUUUAAUCACAACACGAAAUGAAAUGUAGGAUUACCAUUUAAAUCUGUCUACGAUGGGUGAAGUACUUUUUUGCAGUGAUUGUUCUUGAUAUAAUUGUGCAAUUUUUUAUACCGUAUGUAGUUAGGUCUGAGUAUGCCUAGAACUGUGAUUCGCUUUAACUGUCGUCAACGUCCGACAUAGAAGUCCUGUGAAACUUCAUAACUCGUGUGUGCACACGUGCAGUAUCUAUGUUCUCCUGUACACACACGCA